AUGUGGAACAGUCUAUCCGAUCAGUUCGGUCCGACCUCUCCGAAAGAGCUGCCCUGUGGGGAGGUGCCACAAGUUAUCUUACCACAUUAUCUUCGUCCAAUACCUCAACACAUCUCCAACGAAGACCUAGCGUACCUUAAGAGGAAGGGAGCCUUCGAUAUCCCGGCCACUAUACAACGCAACGAGUUGCUUCGGUGUUACAUCCAAUAUGUGCACCCUCUCUUACCCAUCAUCGACCUCCGCGACUUCCUGCGUUCCAUUGACAGAAAUGAUCCCAGCGACACGAUCAGCUUGAUGUUGCUUCAAGCGGUGAUGUUUGCAGGCACCACGUUCAUCGACAUGAACUACGUCACCGGCCAUGAAGACCGCCGUGCUUACCAAAAAGCAUAUUUUCAGAAGGUCAAAAUGCUCUACGACCUCGACUAUGAGGAGGAUCGAGUCACGAUCGUACAGUGCGUCCUGCUGAUGACAUACUGGUAUCCGAGCCCCAAUCACCCCAAGGACAUAUGGCACUGGGUAGGGAUCGCGGUGGCCGAUGCCAGAUCCAUUGGUCUCAACUGUGUUCCUCAAGACAAUUCCGGCACGGUCCAGGAGAAGCGACUCUGGAAGCGAAUAUGGUGGGGAUGCUAUAUGCGUGACCGGCUGGUUGCGUCUGGGAUGAGGAGGACGAUGAGGAUCAAGGAAGAAGAGUGCCUCGUGCAGGGGCUUGAGAUUGAAGACUUUGAAGCGUGCACCUCACUUUCUGAUUUUGAACACAUGAUCGGGUCCGCGUGUGCUGUCGGCAGUGGAUCAACUCAUGCAAAUCUGGUCCGGCUCUGCAUUGCUCUGGUCGACCUUUGCAAGAUAGUUGCCGACAUUCUGACAUUACAGUACGCAACGCCGUCGCAGAAGAUCGGCGGCACUCGCGAAGCCACUAUGAAGCUGCUCCCCAAGGCACCGUCCAGCGCGACUGAAGUGGCAAGGCGCGAUCGAGACCUCGAAACGUGGUACGAAGGGCUGCCUGUGGAGAUACGAUACUCAUUUCCGGAGUCGCAGGACGACAGAAGUCCUAUCAGCGACCGUCUCGUCUAUCUGCAUAGCACAGUGGUAGCUAGUGUCUAUGCAGCUAUUGCCAGCACUCUGCACCGACCGCAAUGCAUGAUUACCUCGACAAAGCAUGCGACGGAAACGCAGAAGACGUCCAAGACCAAGGUGUAUGACGCUGCACGCAAGGUUGCUUCGCUAUAUCGAGACGUCGUCGCCCGCAACAUGGCCGAUAGUGUGCCCAACACAAGCGUGGCGGUCCUGCUUCCGGCCUGCGUCGUCCUUCACGCAGAUGCACGGUCGACCAUCUCAGCAACGUGUCAAGAGUCCCGGGAAUGCCUUGCGGAUUGCGUCAAGGUCCUACAGCGCCUGCGCGAUACUUUUGCCUCGGCGGAUUUUGCACUUUUAGUGCUCUCUCAAGCGAUUCAGAAAUUGAAUCCGACCAUCCAAGGGCCGACGCCCCGAAUCACAAGCCCUCCGGAACUGAAAGAUGGCCAAAGCAAGAUCCAGUCGACUUCCCCGCAUAAUCCGGGCUCCACGAACGCUCCUCAAGCACCACAAGAAAAGGGACUGCUACCUGGUUUCGAACCGGGCCAUUCACAGCCGAGUCCGAUCUCAGGAGAGAUGAGUACGGAAAGAGUGGACUUGAUCGGACCAGAUGAGCGAGCUGAAGAAGCUGCUCAUACGGAGACCCAGCUUGAGGAAGUGCGCGCAUAUCAGGAGAUCAACAGUGUGAACGACUUGUGGUGGGAUGAUCUAAUGAAUGUUUGA